AUGCCGUGUGAAAUGAUAACGGUUCAACUUGGCCAAUGUGGUAAUCAAAGUAAGUUAUUUCCAAAAUACGUUAAUACAUCGAUUGUUAUUUAACCAACUACUUUGAACAGUUUUACAUUUUCAACAUUACCGUCGUAGUAGCAAUUCAUAUCAAUAUACAAAUUAAUCUUACUAGAUUUUAGUGACUAAGUUACCAAUGUUCUUUGAGUUCUGCAUAUUCGUAUAAAUAAUUAAUUUUUUUUUAUUAAAAUGAUUCGUUUCUGGCUGUAUUUUCUAUAAAAAUAAACUUAUAUCAUGCCGAUUGUACAGAGUGUCGUAGGAUAAAACUUCUGAAAACAUAUUUGAAUUCAUCAUGAAGUUUAUUUGAAAACCACUUUUCUCCUUUUUUGAAACUAAACUCUAGAAUCUUUCAAAAAAUUUAAUUUUAAAUUUUAAAAGUGGAAAAAAUGAUAUGAAAUUUCUAGACAAUACAAAAAAAUUAGAUGUCUAGUAAAUUUCAUGAUGAAUUAAAAUAUGUUUUCAGAAGUUUUUCAAGUAACUAGUAUACUUGGUACAAUUGGCAAAAAUUGAUACUUUUUUAAAAAAAAAACGAAAAUGUAAAAACAGGUUAUUCCUUCCCAUUAAUUCAGUAUCGGGCAGUAGAUAAGAGGAAAAAUCUAAUCAUCAAUUUGGUCAUUAAAAUAUUUUUAAAAUAAGUUUAAAUGUUACAAAAUUAUAGAACGUUAUUAAAUCCAGCACCCUAACCUUAUUUUUUAUUUUUAUGGUAGCAUUUUAUUCAUAAAACUAACAAAAUACAACUUAUACAGUUUAAAUAAGUCUAUUCGAAUUUAAAACAGAUUUGUAGGUACAUUAAAUCGUUAAUGGAUAAAAAAAAUUAAAAUUAUCACUAAAAUGUGUUAUUAUUUGUAAUAUUAAUUAAUUUGUUUUGUCAUGUGUAACAUCAAUAUAAUCUUUUUAUGAAUAUGAAUAAUAAACAUAAUUAUACCAACCUUAACAAAAAAUUGAUAUUUAUAAUAUCUAUAGAAAUAAAACAAUUAUUAUGAAGUCCAAACAAAAUUUAAUCCAUUGGAAUCUCAAAAGCUUGAACAUUUAUCCUUUGUUAUGAAAAAUAACAAAGAAGUUCAAUUCAAAUUUUUACUUUUUUUUAAAAAUUUGUUUAUACCUACUAUUAAAUUGGAGUGAUUUUGUACUAUGUGCCUAUUCUUUAAAUACAUUAUUAUUAUUAUUAUUAUUACACAAAUUAGUUAAAACAAAAACAAGUACAUUAUGUACAUUAGAUAACGAAUUAGAAUUUUAUAAAUUGAUUGUUUAAUAUGAAAUUGUUAUUUUCAUUAAUUGCUACCCAAUGAUGUUGAUAAUUUUGAUUUAUUAAAUGUCAUAUUCACAUUUUAAUAAUGCAAUAAUUUCAUAUUUAGUUGGUUUUGAAUUUUGGAAAAAACUGUGUGCUGAACAUGGAAUUAAUCCAGAAGGGGUAUUAGAACCAUUUGCUACAGAAGGUGUUGGCGAUAGAAAAGAUGUAUUUUUUUAUCAGGCCGAUGAUAAUCAUUAUGUGCCAAGAGCUGUUUUGUUGGAUUUGGAACCACGUGUUAUACAUUCAAUCAUGUCAUCCAACUAUUCAAAAGUAAGUCGAACAAUGAGUACAAUUACUUUUAAAUAAUGGUUUAAUUUUCAUAUAAUAUUUAGUUAUACAAUCCUGAAAACGUUUAUCUAUCUAAACACGGUGGUGGCGCCGGAAACAAUUGGGCAUCAGGUUUUGCUCAAGGUGAAAGACUACAGGAAGAAGUGUUUGACAUAUUAGAUCGUGAAGCAGAAGGCGGAGAUAGUUUACAAGGUUUCGUUUUGUGCCAUUCAAUUGCUGGUGGUACAGGCUCAGGCAUGGGAUCAUUUAUACUCGAACAUUUAACUGACCGGUAUCCCAAAAAAAUAAUUGAAACAUAUAGUGUUUUUCCAAAUCAAGAUGAAAUAAGGUAUGAGUUUUUUUAUUCUUUAAAUAAUAGUAAUGAAUUUAUCUUUUUAAUAAAUAAUCUUUUCAGUGAUGUAGUCGUACAACCUUAUAAUUCAUUAUUGACUUUAAAACGACUUGCGCAGAGUGCAGAUUGUGUUGUAGUUUUGGAUAAUACUGCUUUAAAUCGUAUUGCUACUGAUCGUCUACAUAUUGAAAAUCCAUCAUUUGCUCAAAUAAACUCAUUAGUAUCAACAAUUAUGUCUGUUUCUACUGCUACACUACGGUAAUUUUUAAUCAAUAAUUUCCCAAUAAAAAUAUUGUUUUAUAAAAUGUGUUUAUUUAUUUUAAUCAGAUAUCCUUCAUACAUGAACAACGAUUUGGUUGGUCUCAUCGGGCCUUUAAUACCAUCACCACGUUUACAUUUCCUUAUGACUGGUUACACACCUUUAACUACUGAUCAUGAGGUAAUUGUUUCACUGUUCUUUUUUUUUUUUUGUAAUUUAUUUUAUCAUACCGUUUGUUAAUAGGAUGCUAAUAUUCGUAAAACAACAGUGUUUGAUGUAAUGAGAAGGUUGUUACAGCCAAAAAAUAUGAUGGUGUCCACAGUACAAGAAAGAUCUACCAUACCACAUUGUUACUUAUCAAUAUUAAAUAUAAUUCAAGUAUUUAUUUUAUACAUUUAAUUUAUAAAAUAAAAUAUAUACAGUUGAACUUUGAUAAGACAAAUAAAUUUCAUUCCCUUGUGAAAAUCUCGAUUACUAAAAAGAAAAACUUAAGAUAACUCGAACAUUCUGUGUUCCAAAUAUAAACAGAUAAUGAUGGAUAAUUUUUAUAAGCAUUUUUCUAAUCGACUUGUGCAUCCCAUAAUUUAAUAUUAUAAUUUUUAGUAAUAGGUACAAUUUUAAAACAAUAAUACACAUGGUAAUUGUAUGUAUAUAUACUAUAUAAUAAAUUAAAAACUGUAGUACAUUCAUAAAUUUUAAAAACUCCCUAAUUCGAAUUCUUUUUUCUAAAACCUUGAAUACUCAAAAACUGUACUAAGUUAAAAACCUUGAUACCUAAGUCGAAAAAAAUUGUAUUUCCCUAGAAUUUCGACUUAUCGAGGUUCUACUGUACAAAAAAUUGUAUCUUAUGACUCGAAUAAUAGUUAAACACAAUUUGAUUUUGUGGACAUUUUUUAUUCGGAUCUACUUUCAAAUAAAACAACUAGAGCUUAGUUAAGUUGAACAAUAAUUACCUUUAACCCCCAAUGUUAAAUAAUCAUAAUAAGGAAAAAACAAUGCUUUGUUUAAGUGAAUAUAUUAUUGUACAAUGAUCGGGUUUGGUUAGGAUUUUAAUAAUUUAAUAAUUAUAUUAAACUAACUUUUUGUUCAUAUAUUGUAAUUUAAUACUUACAGACUUAAAUAUUCACUACCAAGAGAGAGAUAUAGAUAAUACUAUGCUUUAUAAUAUGCUAAUACUCGCUGUUGAACGAAAAAUACCUAUGUGCCAAAUAUACGAUUUUUAGAUUUAAGUUACUCUAAAUUCUGAAAAAAUAAAUAAACUACAAAAUAAUAUCUCCUAUAUGCUAUUUCAUUUAGGAAUUUUUGAAAAAUAGAAAAUAAAACCUCUCGUGUGUUUCCAAUAAAUUGUGUAUGAAAUACCUCCAAUGUGAUUAAAAAUUUGGUCAAAAUUAUAUUUGAAGUUUUUGUAUUUAAUUUAUUUAAAAAAAUUAUUUUUAAACUAUUAUUCAAAAUAUAAUGAAUUUUUGACAAUUUAUCUUACUCCUUUAAUUGUGCAUACGUUCAAUAAAUUCUUCUUUGAUGUAAAAAUCCACACUUUAGUUUUUUCUUUUUAUGUAUCAAAAAUAUCAAUUUUAUUUUUGGGUAGGUAAAAUAAAACUAACAUUAAAUCCAUUAAAAUCAUUAAAUUAUGAUGGGGUUUGCUAACUUUGUUUUUAUUUUUAUUGCUUGACAUUUAUUCUCAUGACAAUAUUGACAUCAAAUUCUUUGCUAAAGCACAUUUUAUAUCCUUAAUAAUAAAGUAUUUAAUUCUUAUUGUUUUUUAUUUUUUUCCAGGGUGAUGUUGAUCCUACACAGGUAUAUAAAUCGCUCCAAAGAAUUAGAGAAAGAAAAACUGUUAAUUUUAUUAAUUGGGGUCCAUCCAGUAUACAAGUUGCUCUCUCCAAAAAGUCACCAUACGUUCCCACUGCCCACAGAGUAUCUGGUCUUAUGUUAGCAAAUCACACAAGUAUAUCUCAAGUAAAUAUUUAAAAGUUUUAGUUUACAUCAAAUAUUUAUUUUUUAUGUUAUUUUUCAGCUGUUUCAAAGGGUUCUGGACCAAUAUGAUAAAUUACGCCACAGAGAAGCAUUUUUGGAUCAAUUUCGUAAGCAAAAGAUGUUCAAAGACGAUUUAUGUGAAAUGGAUGAUUCUAGGGCAGUUGUUCAAAAUCUUAUUGAUGAAUAUUUGGCAGCUACAAAAGACACAUAUCUACAAUGGCAGCCUAAUGAAUCUACAUAG